CUGACUACAGUAGUGCAAGAAAUUUCUCCAAAACGUAAAUUGUUGUUGCAAAUGGUCUGAAAAAAAGUACGAAUUUGUUUGUAUUUAAAACAAAUUCCUGGACCGAAAAACAGAGAACCCAGAAAUCCUUUUCUUCAUGCUGUAUUACGUGUUGCGAUUGUGACUGGCAGACAAACAAAACAUCUUUGUUAUUGUUGAAGAAUCUCUCUACUGAAACACCCCUAAAGAAGAACUGGAACCUCCCAUACUGCCACCAUGUCUUACAUGUUAACGCAUCUCCACAACGGCUGGCAGGUGGACCAAGCCAUUACCUCAGAGGAGGAUCGCGUUGUCAUCAUACGCUUCGGCCACGACUGGGACCCCACUUGUAUGAACAUGGACGAGAUCUUGUACAAAAUCGCAGAUAAAUGCAAGAACUUUGCCGUCGUUUACCUCGUCGACAUCACCGAAGUUCCAGAUUUUAACAAGAUGUACGAAUUGUACGAUCCCUGUACGACUAUGUUCUUCUUCCGCAAUAAGCAUAUCAUGAUUGAUUUGGGAACGGGAAACAACAACAAAAUCAACUGGACUCUUGAAGAUCCUCAGGAGAUGAUUGACAUUGUCGAGACUGUGUACAAAGGGGCGAGGAAAGGGCGUGGUCUUGUGGUCUCGCCAAAGGAUUACUCAACCAAAUAUAGAUAUUAACCCCUUGAAGUUAUCAGAACACACUUACACAAUUGUACAAUGAGACCAUGCUUUGUCCAUCUGGAGGUUGCUGUACAAAAGUUUCCCCAUGUGAUGUUGAAUCUCUGUUUUUAGUCUGGGAUUCUGGUAUAGUCAAAACAAGUCAUUGUUCCAAAUAUUAACAGCUUGGGUGUUGAUUUACUGUAUGGUGUUGGCCGGUGGACUGCACUAGUAAACUUAUUAUGCAUUAAUGCUUUACAAGGCAUUUGGGGUGGAAAGUCAGGCCUUGGGUUUGGGGACAUGCCUCUAGGUGCCUCCCCCCCCCCCCUCCUUCCCGAAAACAACCCACACACAUACAUGUAGUGUCCUCAAAUGAACACACACUCUCCCCCCCCCCCCCCCUCCAGUCAUCAAGAUGACUGCCCCUGACCCUGAUGAAGGUUUGCAAUUUUUAAACCAAGUUAAUUGUUGUAGACAGGUGGAUUUGGGGUUUUGCAAGGACUUCUCCAAACAAUUUAUUAGAAAUGCUCAAAGAACUUCAACAUUGUUCUAGACCAGUUUGUUUAUUUUAUUUUACACAGUAAGACACAUUGUUCAAAUACUUUAUUGGUAUACUUAGUAGCAUUUGAUUACUUAUUUGUUAUUUAGUUUACUCAUAUAAUUUCAUAAAUAGAGUUCUGUUUUGGUUUAGCUGAUUUUCGUUUGUCAAUAAAAACAUUCAAAAAACAUUAA